AUGGAAGAGCCUCGUGCGGUGUAUCCUUUUCACGUCUCACGUUCUCAACUGUUGAAGAUGACUUUGUUCCUGCUGAAUCAAUGGAGAAAACAACCGGGCGGAGCGCAAGAUGCGAGUGCAUUUUUGUUGGCUCUAGAAAGUGGGACGUCGCCGAUGCGUGAGAAAGAGUUGAUAAUAGAAGCGCUGGAUGAUUGGGACGUGCUCACACCAACGUGGUUUGAAGUGGCCGAUUAUGUUAGUGUUAUCGAGCAGUUGCAUGAAAACGAAAACUUCAAGGAGAGACAUCGUGCCGCACUCGUCGCUUCCAAGGUAGCUUAUUGUCUCGGUGAUUAUUGCGGAGCCUUACAGCUUGCUCUAGCUGCCGGUGAUAAGUUUCAACUUACGCCUCGACCGCCGUCCAAUCUUGUUGGAUCACAAGAUGAGCAGUAUGUGAACAAAAUGAUUGAACAUGCGCUGGAUACUUACAAACAAGCGAAACGAAGCGGAAGUAACAUAGACGAAUCUCUCGAAAAAUUAAUCAAUCGUAUUUUCGAACGAAAUAUGAAACGUAAAGAGUUGCGAUACGUGAUCGGUUUAGCGCUCGAUACACGACGAACUGAUAUGAUUAUUGCUGCUAUUAAGUCAGCCGAAGAUGAGGCUUCGCUGCUGAGUGAAACCGUCGCAAAGGUUUUGGAAUCUCAAAUGGACCGCGGAUUUCGCAACACAGUACUGGAUUUGUUGUUGAAACUGUUCUCUGAAUUGGACGAGCCGGAUUUCGUUUCGAUGUGUCAGUGCCUGAUUAAACUCGAGAAACCGGAUGAUGUGGCCGAAAUACUGAAUCGACUCGUUUCCAAUAAGACAUCCAAUGGGGUGUUGCUCGCAUAUCAAAUAGCGUUCGACCUCUACGAGAAUGCAUCACAGCAGUUCAUCGCGAAGAUAGAGAAGGCACUGGUUGGCGAUGAUGUACGCACGGCAUCGGAUUGCACACAGCUGCCCUCUGCCACUGAACCGUCCUCCGUUUCAACGUCCAACGUGGAAUCAACAACUGAGUCGAAGAAAACCGACGAGAGUGGUGCAGACGCGAAACCUGCAUCAACCGCCGAUAAAGCCAAGAACGAGACAACUUCCGAUUCGGAUUCUGGCUCUUCCGAAGAAGACUCCCAAACCGCGCCAGGAGCAGAAACAACCCCCUCAGCAUCUGUCGAAAAAGCAUCUCAGCCAUCUCCUUCCCAAGAAGCAUCCAGUGGUUCACCAAAACUUGAAGGUGAAAUAGCGGAUCGAUUGCGGUCAAUUCUGCGUGGUGAACAAACGAUUAAGCACCAUAUGCAAUUUUUGAUCAAGAAUAAUCAUACGGAUAUGUUGAUAUUGAAACAAAUGAAAGAGAGUGUGCGAACUGCAUCUGCACACAACGCAACGGUUAUUGCGAAUGGUCUGAUGCAUCUUGGUACGACCACUGAUGACUUCUUGAGAGAUAAUUUGGACUGGAUCAGUAAGGCGACAAAUUGGAACAAAUUCAACGCAGUUGCAUCACUCGGACUUAUUCACAAAGGUCAUGAGGCAAACGCUCAAAAAUUAUUGGAGCCUUAUUUGCCGAAAGGUGAAGCAGAUCAGUUUGGAUUCAAAGAAGGCGGUUCACUUUAUGCUUAUGGUUUGAUUCAUGCGAAUCACGGGAAUCAAGAAGUGAUUGCCUAUCUUCGUGAUCAAUUGCAAAAAGCGACGACAUCAGCAAUAAGACAUGGUGCAUGCCUCGGUCUUGGUCUUGCUGCUAUGGGCACUCAUGAUGAACAGGUUUACAUUCAAUUACGAGAUUGCCUAUAUCAAGAUGAUGCAGUGACAGGUGAGGCAGCAGGGUUAGCGAUGGGUUUAGUGAUGGUCGGAGGAAUGCAUCAAGGUGCAUUCCAGGAGAUGAUUCAGUACGUUUGUGACACUCAACACGACAAAAUUCAACGUGGUCUACGCACUGGUAUUUCGCUUCUUGCCUACGGUCGUCAAGAGGAAGCAGAGCAAUGGAUUGAGCAGUUGAUGGAGCAUAAAUCGAAUGCGAUGUUGCGCUCAACGGCCGUGUGUGCCUUGGCGAUGGCGUAUGCAGGCUCGGGUAAGGCCGAUGUUGUGAGACGUUUAUUGGCCAAGGUGGCUGCCGAUCCGAAUCCCGACGUGAAGCGAUUCGCAGUGAUUGCGAUCGGAUUCGUUCUGAGCAAGAUUACAAUAAAUACGAUGGAAACGGGGGCCGUUACAGGUCGUCAAGAGGAAGCAGAGCAAUGGAUUGAGCAGUUGAUGGAGCAUAAAUCGAAUGCGAUGUUGCGCUCAACGGCCGUGUGUGCCUUGGCGAUGGCGUAUGCAGGCUCGGGUAAGGCCGAUGUUGUGAGACGUUUAUUGGCCAAGGUGGCUGCCGAUCCGAAUCCCGACGUGAAGCGAUUCGCAGUGAUUGCGAUCGGAUUCGUUCUGAGCAAGUUAGUCAUCCGUUUUCGCUUUCCAUUUUCUUUUUCAUUCAUAUUCACAGCAAAAACGUGCCAUUGUCAGUUGGCAUAA